AUGUCGUCGAUGAUUCCCGCACCGGAUGUCGGCGUUGAAAUUCCGCGCCUCGAGCUCAACAACGGCCUUUGUUGUAUAUGGGCAACAUUGGCACUGGCACGAUUGGAUCAAGCUGGCGACAUAGCACCCGGAUUUGGGCUUCAAUUUCGCACAACACUGCACUAUUUAUACGAGCGUGUGGGCAAUUACUCAAAUCUUCAUCACUGGGAUGACGUGCCUUUGACCAAUGCGCAUCGUGAGCUGCUCAAGGAUUCUGCAAUGGCCCUUGUGAACCAUCCGUCUGCAAGCCAGCGUCAGAAGCAGGAAUUCGCGUACCUAUGGGCAAUCGUUGAUCAAUUCAUGGAAAAAUUAUCUCUCCAGACUAUUCACUAUCCUUCGGGUCCAUUGGGCGAUUAUCCUUUCGGCACGCAGCUCGUCGUGAAGCUUCGCAAUUUGACGGGCGACAUUAUAAGCCAAUUCCUGACUGAAGUGGAUGUGCAAAUGGAUCAACUCGACGAGGUAGGCGAAUUGCAGACUGUAACGACGAUACGACAGGAAAUUGGAGCCUAUGCUGCGUGGAUUCAGACCGACCUCGAAGACUACAUCCAUAAGCAAACUAGCCUGAAAGUCCUGGGAGACAACGAUCCAGAUGGCCUAACAGGCGAUAGCUUCAUCUCUCUAAUGCGGGCUGGUGAGGAAGAGAAUUCAUCCACUUCCCUACUAACCUGUAUUCGCAUGGCACUGAUCAAAAUUACAGAUGGCGUAUUUUCCGUGCGACGCCGAGAUAUACGAAGCCGCGAAGUGAUCCUGGACAGCCUCUGUUGGACAUUCUACCGGGGCGUUGCUGAGUAUUUCUCUUUUUAUUCACCUCUGCUGAACCGUCAUCACGAGGUUCCGUCAGCUCUGAUCGACUCCGUGCCACUUUUCGACGAUCGCUUCCCUCUGCCUGGCUCUCUCUUCGGCGGCGAAUUUUAUGACGGGGAAUUUGAAGACGAAGACGACAUGGAUGUGGAUGAUCAUGAUGAGGACGACCAGGAUGAUGAGGAUGAGGACGACCAGGAUGAUGAUGAUGAAGACGAUGAGGAUGGACAAUUCCCCGAAUAUGAACCAGAUGAGUAUGGCAAUGAUAUUCUCACCGGUCCCGAGAAUGUCCAAGUCACAGAUGUAAGCCAGCGCUGCUUAUUUCCACGGGACCAAACCUGUGCCAUCUGUGGCGAAGCCCAGAACCAAAUCCGUACCAUCAACAUCUGCGGCCAUGAAGUCUGUGCAAAUUGUCUGCAACAGCAGCUCGACUCCGCCUACAACAGCCGCUACCGCUGCGCAUUCUGUCGUGCAGAGUUCUUCACUAAUGACGAUGCUUAG